CAGACCCCGCCCCCGCCCGAGCUCCGCCCCCGAGGCUGCGUGCCGCCAUCUUUGUUAGGGGCAGCGGGCCGGUCUCCGCGAUGCCGAAGUCGUGUGCGGCCCGGCAAUGCUGCAACCGCUACAGCAGCCGCAGGAAGCAGCUCACCUUCCACCGGUUUCCAUUCAGCCGCCCAGAACUGCUGAAGGAGUGGGUGCUCAACAUCGGCCGGGCCAACUUCAAGCCCAAGCAGCACACAGUCAUCUGCUCUGAGCACUUCAGACCCGAGUGCUUCAGCGCCUUCGGGAACCGCAAGAACCUCAAGCACAAUGCCGUGCCCACUGUGUUCGCUUUUCAGAACCCCACGCAGGUCUGUCCUGAGGUGGGGGCUGGUGGGGACAGCACACUGGAAGAGUCUGAGUCUCCAGACACUGAAGGCCCUGUGAAACAGGCCCUACCAGAGAGAACAGAAGCAAUGGAGGCCCCUGGCCCGCCAGCCAGCCCCACGGUGUUGAAAAGGCCCCUUCUGGGACAGCCGUCUGAUCACAGUUAUGCCCUUUUGGACUUGGAUACCCUGAAAAAGAAACUCUUCUUCACACUGAAGGAAAACAAGAGGCUCCGCAAGCGCCUGAGGGCCCAGAGGCUGCUGCUUAGAAGGACAUGUAGCCUCCUGCGAGCCUACAGAGAGGGACAGCGGGGACCACGGGCCAGACGGCCAGCACAGCGCAGCUGAGCCUGAGCAAGUUCUGGGAUGUGGGGAUGGUGGCAACACCCUGGCAGGAAGUGGUUUUCGGCUCUGCUGUGCACAUUCCCCACUAAUACUAAUGCUGCAGGGGGCCUUGGGACUGGCAGGAUGGGAUGCCAUGACAGGCAGUCGUCAGGGGAGGGACCCAAGUUCUGGGGAGUGAGAGGCACAAUCUCACAUCUCCUGGACUGAGGAUGGCAGCUGUGGGGCUGUCCUGCAACAGUGACCAAAUGUUAGGAGUUGUCACGGCCCUGUCAGAGAUGUCCCUGAGGGAGAGGUGGCCAUUCUUGCAGUUCACCUCCAGGAACAUGUUUAGCCCAUGGGUCCUUCUCACCUGUCCAGAAGAGCCAUUCUGAUGCCAGGGCAAGGGUCCACCACAUCAGCCUGUAUUUCUGAGUGACUCUUUCUGGCCUGGUUUGUAUAAAUGUAGACUAAAUUCUUUGAACUCUGUGUUUAGGUUUGCUGCUUAUACUCUUUCCCUGAUACAGGACAGAUAGGGCGUGACUACCACGACUACAAACUGACUAAAACAGACAGACAGAUGCGGGGUGGGGGUGCAGCCCUUUGCUGCUCUAUCAGAGGACGAGGUUCAGUUCCCAGCGCCCACACGAUGGCUCACCACCAUCUGAAACUCCAGUUCUAGGGGGCUUUUUUGCCCUCUUCUGAUCCCUGAGGGUACUAUGUAAACACGUGGUACAUAUAUGCAGGCAAAAUGCCCAGACACAUGAAGAUUUUGUGUUUUGUUUUUCGAGACAGGGUUUCUCUGUGUAGCUUUGGAGCCUAUCCUGGCACUCGAUCUGGAGACCAGGCUGGCCUCGAACUCACAGAGGUCCGCUUGCCUCUGCCUCCCAAGUGCCGGGAUUAAAGGCGUGCGCCACCAACGCCCAGCCCACACAUGAAGGUUUUAAGAAGUGAAAACAACAAAAGUACCGAGCAGAGGUACACACUUGUAACUCCAGCACUCAGGAGGCCCAGGCAGGAGAAUCACAAGUUCUGGACCACACAGCCAGACCAUGAUUAAAAAGCAAACAUAAGAUCUUA